ACACAUAAACAAUUGAAGUGCAAAAUAAGUGCGUGGAGCUGCAAUGGGCAACAAAGUUGUUACUUUCACCGAACAACAACUCGACGACUAUCAGGACUGCACGUUCUUCACACGCAAGGAAAUUUUGCGCGUGCAUAAACGUUUUCGAGAGCUACGUCCAGACUUGGUUCCGCGCCAAAUGACCGAGGGUCAAGCCUCAAGUGUCAAGGUUCCAUGCGAAUGCAUUGAAAAGAUGCCGGAGUGGCGUGAGAAUCCAUUUCGACGACGCAUUUGCGAGGCCUUUUCACGCGAUGGCCAGGGCAAUUUAUCCUUUGAGGACUUUUUGGACGCACUGUCCGUAUUCAGCGAGCAAGCGCCAAGAGACAUUAAAGUUUUCUACGCUUUCAAAAUUUAUGAUUUCGAUCAAGAUGGCUUCAUUGGGCACGCUGACCUCAUGUCCUGCCUGACAACAAUGACCAAAAACGAACUCACGCCCGAGGAGCAAUGUUUUGUGUCCGACAAGGUAAUCGAGGAGGCCGAUGUCGAUGGCGAUGGCAAGCUGUCCAUUUUGGAAUUCGAGCAUGUGAUACUGCGUGCGCCAGACUUUCUGUCGACAUUUCACAUUCGGAUAUAGA